UUGUGUACCUACACUUAUCUAUGGAGUAUGGUUACAAAUUAUUACAAUUUAACGUUUUAUUAUUAUAAGGAUUGUUCUUGAGAAAUAAAUAUAAUAUAAUAUAUAUAUUAUAAAAUGUUGCGCAGUUGUUUUUUUAAUGUUUAAAAAAUAUAUCGUCAAAAUGGAAAAAGUUAUUAAACAAUUGGGUUGUGAAGUUCGUGGAAUUGACUUGAAAGUGGAAAGCCGACCUGAAAUUAUACAUCAGAUAAAAAAAGAUGUCAUAGAACAUAGAUUAUUGAUUUUUAAAGAUCAAGGAAUUAUAAGCGGUAACAGACAUGUUGAAAUAAGCAAAUGGUUUGGCGAAUUAGAGUCUACUUUUUAUAAACAUCCAAAGUCACCCCAUCCGGAUGUAUUCCGUGUUUCAAACGAUGAGAAUGAAGGGUGUACAGGUGUUGGGCGCUCGGGUUGGCACAUAGAUGGGACGUUUCAGCCUGCGCCAUUUGCUUAUUCUUUGUAUCAUAUGGCAUCUGUUCCCAAAGAAGGUGCAACUUUAUUUGUUCCUCUAACUGAACUUAUUGAGAGUUUGGAUAAAAAAACAUAUGAAUGGUGGAAUCAAGCUUGGAUGGAGAGUGAUCGUAGGUCUGGGCCCAUACAUCCAUUAAUUUACCGUCAUCCGCAAUCAGGGAAAAAAGUACUAUGUUUUCAUUUGGGAAUGACCAGUAAUUUUAUAUGGAAUUACAAACAGCCAUCACAAAAGGUUGCCACAGAUGAAGAAUGUCAACAACUUUUUAAUUCAAUAUAUAAUGAAAUUAAUCAAGACAACGGGAAAUAUAUUUAUGAACAUAAGUGGGAAGCUGGUGAUUUUAUCAUAUCCGAUAAUUUAGGUGUUGGCCACUUUGCUCACUCUAGUACGCAAGCACCUACAAGUGAAGUUGGUCUAAGAGUACUACACAGAACUACCGUAAAAGGAACCAUUCCACCAAAAAAAUAAUUUAUUUAUUUUAUCAAAUUUAUAUUACCAUACUACACUAGCCAAAAUGUUAAAAUAUAUCAAUAUUUAUAAAAUAUGUUUUAAUCGUGAUUGUGAUAUAUUAAUAAAUAAACUAUUAAGUGUUAAUUUAA